GGAAGUCGAAUACGCAGGUCUGAAUCCGAGCGUAUUCAGUAUUUCAAAGACCAGUCGCAAUGUGAUGAUAUGGAGCCGCAUCGAGUUCAUUGUGCUUGGUGCGACAAAUGGAUCAACCUUGGCAAGAGACAGACGUAUGCUGUUCGUCCUUGGGAGAUCCAUCGACGGAGAUGUGACCCACGGUCCCCUGUGUCGAAGAACAGUCAUCGAAGUGAGACCGAAGUGGAAAAACCUGAAGGAGCGAAUUCGGUAUCGGAAUUGAGUCAGCAGAUUACCAAACAGCCUUCACCUCAGCCGGCUCGGCAGAGUGACGCCGAAAGGAAAGCUUUACUGGAAGAGGAUCCUCGUGCUCAAGAGGCCAAACCGCACGAAGUUCUCUGUCGAUCCUGCCAGAAAUGGAUCAAGCUGUCGAUCGAUCAUGCCUAUAUUCUUGGAAAUUGGCACGCACAUCAACAACGGUGUUCGGGUGUUGUACCCAGCAGCCGAGUGGCUACCGCAGAGAGAAAAUACAGUCUGCUGACUGACCCUCAAGCGAAGUCGUCUUCCGCCCAACACGUCGAGUGCGCCUUUUGCAGGACGAAUGUCGAGCUGGACGGUGUCGCUCAGUAUGAUUUGACCAAGUGGCACGAACACAAAGCCAAGUGUUCUUCUAAUCCUGUUCAACCCACUCCAAAAGCUCCUAGUUCGCGUCUUUCGCGCGUUUUCCCUCCACCAUCUGGCCAAGCUGUCUCACAAGCGUCUAUAAGCGAGGUACACAAACUCUUUGCAUCCUCAAGUUCACCGUCUACAGACGCUACAGCCAUCAAUGACAACUCCCCAUAUCGCACUGGGGAGAAACGUGCCCGGGACGAAGAAGACGCUGGAGAAGUCCGUCCUGUGAAUCGUCCAAGAACUGUGGCCUACCAAGCGCCCGAGAGUGAGGCGCCAGGUCCGUGGGGUUGGUUUAUGCAGCCUUUCAAAGCUUUCGUGCGUGGUUUCCGUGAAGGUUUAGGCGCCCCAUCUACGUAAAUGUUGGCACUAGUGUGUUAUGUGAAGUUAUGUCGACUGUAUUGUACCCUGCUCUAUCUAUUGUGCCUUGUUUUCUUUAUAAUGCCAUUCAACUAUUCCCCUGGAUGCUUGGGGGUAAAUGUAAA